UGGUCGUUGGUCUCGAAGAUUGGGCGAACGUACUCCUUUACUUUCUGGUCAUUGAUUUUUGGAAGUCCUAUUCUCUCUCUUUUUUUUUUUUUUUUUCUCACGGGAAAUAAUAAAGCAAAACUUUUUUUUUUGCACUUUUCUUUUAUCUAUUUAUUGUUGUUGUUAUUGUUAUUAUUAUUAUAUUGUGAUACAAAUGGAUAAAUUAUUAUUAGAAGAAACAACUGCUCAGAAACUUGCCUUGGAAUUGAAUACUCAAGAUCUUUCAGCUUUGGCUUCCACUUGUAAACCUUACUCAACUGCCCUCAAAGACGAAGAAAUAUGGAAAAAGAAAACUGCUCAUGACUUUGGUGAUCUAUUUUACAUUUAUCAUCUAUUUGAAACAUCUACAGUUGAUGUUGCACCCGAUCUACGAAAGAAAUACAGUGAAUCACCUUCAAGCUGGCGACAAUAUUAUUUGACAAAGCAACAGCGACUUUCUCAGACUAAUCAGACUGCCCUAGAAUCUCAAGUACAACAAGAAGUCAAGGAUACGACUGCUGCUCUUGAAAAGUGCAUGGAAGAAGGCAACAGUAUUUCAUUCAAUCAUAUUGCAUCCAAAAUGUUAUGGAUAUUAGACUUGAUACCUCAGCAUGGUGGUUGCUAUUAUGUACUUGCCAAUAUACUCUUCUAUCUUCAACAUGAUCAAGCAGAUUUUGUAUUGAAAGAAGGUCGACGUAUGAAUCCUACCUAUCAACCUUUGAUUGAACUUGAAUUCAGUAUUAACAACGAUCAAUGGAUGAUAACCCGAGGUGAAGAACAACAACAACAACAACAAAAAAUCAGUCAAGGAAUACAAUCAUCAGCUUUUCCGUUUCAACCACCAUCUUCACAACAACAUCAAGAACACCAACAACAAGAUCAACUGUCAGAUGAUCAAUCAAAUUUAGAACAUCUACAACGACGACGAUCAUCUAUCAAGUUACCAGUCCUUGAUCCUGAUGGCACAGCAUUAUCUGCACCAUUAUUACACGUACUCGACACUUUAUUUUCAAAAUUUGACAAGGAUCAAGAUCAGGCAUUACGACAUGAAGAGUUAGAUCACUAUGUAUUCUCGACCAAUGGACAGCAUCCUUCUGAAGAGUUUUUAUCUGCCAUGGGACAACGUUUUGGUGCCAAUGAUAAGGGUUGGUUGACAAAAGAAGGGUUCUUGGCAUUUUACUUGGAACAAACUCUUGGUGAUCAAGAUGAAACUAGAAAAGAUAUUGCUGCGCAUGGUUAUGACCGAUGGACUUUUAGAAAAUUAUGAUGUUUCCUUCUUUUCUUACUUCUUGAUAAUAUCAUUUGAUAUUUAUUUAUACCCACCUUUUAUUAUUUUGACCAUUGAUAGAAUCUAUUUUUUACUACUACUAUUAUCUUUCCUAGUUGUU